CUGGUGACGUUGCCGCUGGGAGGGCAGAUAGUGAGACCGGAAGUGGGAUUAAUAAGGCGUCUGACACUUCCUGCUGCCCCGUAUGAGGAGACUGGCUGCGGCGGCGGCGGAGCUGUGACUGAGCGGCCGGCACUGUCGGCAGGAAGAAGAAAGAUGAAAACAGGUUGCAGUAUUGCAGAAAAGCCAAAAGGAGGAGGAGGUUAUCACUUCCCGGACUGGGCAUACAGGGCGGAGUCCAGUCCAGGCUCCCGCCAGAUCCAGCUAUGGCACUUCAUCUUGGAACUGUUGCAGAAGGAGGAGUUCCGCAAUGUCAUUGCCUGGCAGCAGGGGGAAUACGGAGAGUUUGUCAUCAAAGACCCGGAUGAAGUGGCCAGGCUGUGGGGCCGGCGUAAAUGUAAACCGCAGAUGAACUAUGACAAGCUGAGCCGGGCACUCAGAUACUACUACAACAAACGGAUCCUGCAUAAAACAAAGGGGAAGAGAUUCACCUACAAAUUCAACUUCAACAAGCUGGUCAUGCCCAAUUACCCGUUCAUCAACAUCAGGCCCAAUGGUGGUGUUCCGCAGAGUGCUCCACCUGUCCCUACAGCCUCCUCCCACUUCCACUUUUCGCCUAUAGACUCUCCUAAUGAAGACGCACACGUCAGUCAUUUUUCCGGGGGCUCUACAGCGCAGUCGAGCCGCGAAUCCUUAAAUGAUGUUGGUGACCGCAAGCAGAUGCCUUCAGAGUCUGAAGAUAUCCAUGCAGAAUGGCGUCGUAAUGCAGACCUCAUGUCCCCUCGAAAUACCAUGGUCUCCGGCGCCCACGUGCUCCAGAAGCAUAAAUCUGAUCUCUUGCUUCCAGUGUUUUCCAUGCCUGGGAUGUACCCGGACCCACACAGUCCUUUUGCUUUGUCUCCUCUGCCUGGCCGUGGAGGCUUACUCAACAUGCCCAUCUCGCCUGCUUUGUCCCUGACGCCAACCGUUUUCUCUUACAGUCCCUCGCCAGGGCUGAGCCCAGCUUUCCAGAGUGGCAGCUGCUUCAACUUCAACCCUGAAGAGAUGAAACACUACCUGCAGGCCCAGGCCUGCCUUAACUACCACCUAAGUCCACGGACUUUACCAAGAUUCCCUACUUUCAUGAUGCCACCACCUCAGCGUCAUUUCCACCCAGAAGAGCAGCCAUCUUUCCCCAUUAAGCUGCAACCCCCUCCAGUGGGGCGGAAGCACAGGGGUCAUCCUCAGAGUCCUGGCGAUAAACAGCCGCUUCCUCAACAACCUCUCCUACUGCCUGUGAAAGUGGAGCCAGUUUCGGAUGAUGAGCCCAUCUCUGAAGAGCUAGAUUCUUCAGACCAUGCAGAGAGAGAGUUCAGUGACAGCGAAAACGAACAAGAACCAGCUUCUCCAAGUGAGGACCCAGAGAAGAAAGGGUAUAUGUUUGUGAAACCAGUUGCUCCUUCCUGGUCACUUCCUCCCACCGCUGCUACCCGAUUUAGUUACCCAAAGGAGGGUACAGCAGAGCACACUGAUGCUGGUGAUAAGUUGCCGAAAGACUCCUUCAGCGAAGCUUUGUUGGUGGAAAAGAAGGAGGACUCUCUGCCGGCAAAGCUGCGUCUCAAGCGCCUCUGGAAUGGGGAGCGUCAAGCGGAAGCCAUUGAGGUUCGAGAGUGCCGAAAGAUCAGUUGCAUCGUCAACGGCCUCCGCUCGCCAGACCUGCCAGCAGAAUCCAAGGCUGUAGCCGCCUCUGACUCCUAGUACUGGACCUGAAUGUGGAAGCCAUGUUUGUGGAUUCCUGUGGGGUUUUUUUUUUUUUUUUUUUUUUUUUUAAAUAUAGUAUAAUGCUAUUUUUAUAGCAUUGCUGCAGAAGUGGUGAGGUUAAAGGUUUUGUUUUGAUUCCCAGACUUCCUUGACAUUGCAGGUGAUGAUGUUUAUUUAGUAAAUAUAUAUAUAUAUAUAUUUUUUUUUUUCGUUGAGGCUUCAGGGAAAACCUUACCUCUCUUGUAUGUAAGGGGAGCUUAAACUAUACAUUGUGUUUUGCCGAAUUAGAUGGAAACAUCAAAGUGUAUUUUAUUACAGUUAUAUAGAUUUGUUGUGGUGACUAGCUCUGCUCAACACUUCUCUUAACCGAAGAGAGUGUGAGUGAGGCUAUCUUGCACUCUUGGCCCCGUUCCUCCACCCCUCCCCUUCCCUCCUCUCCUCUCCGCUUAUUCAGGGCCUUGCUCUGUCCCUCAGGUUUGUUCCCCAUUGCUGGCCUGUAACAUUUUGAAAAAUUAUGAAUUAACUAUUUUUGUAAAACCUGACACUACAAUAUGGAUUGUAGGGACUGUAGAGUUAAGUGGGAUGUGAUUUGUGAGCAGGCGCGAGGGGUGUGUUUUUUUUUUUUUUUUUUUUUUCACUUUCCUUUCCUUUCCUUAUUCAAACCCGCAGAACACCUUCCCUGCCCCCACUUGCGAUGUCAUGGAUUAAACGUCCUCUUUUUCUGCAUGAAAGUAAUUUGUUCUACAAAACAAAGUUUAAAUCAGCAGUACUCCAAAGCUUUUACAGCUCGUCCAGCCAGGCCAGUCUGCGGGAGGCUAGCGGUAUGCAGAGAGUUGUAGUCUGCGUGUCCCUCUUCACACGUACCAAUUCCUGACAUCGGAACUCCAGGAUAUGUAACUUGUGGUUUCAUGACCUACAGGAAGCAGAUUUAAGAGAAUACAGGAAGUCUAAAGAAGUGAAAACAAAGAGGCGAUCAUGCGAAGCAUAACUUUUGUCUCGUGGAUUGGUUGUUUGGAGUUUGUUUAGCAGAAGUCUGCCUGUUUCCUGUGACGCUCAGACAUUCCUGCAGCUAGAUGUCCCUAGCCAUACCUGCAAGGCUUCAGAUAAUUCAGUUCCGCCUUUGGUUCCGUUUAAUGUAGAAUCAUUACUACAUACAUCUCUGUGACAGAGCAGUGGUUAGCGGCAAAAUUGUAAUGGUUCCGCAGGGUCUCCUAACGUCCUACAAGAGUCAGCUUCUCGCCAGUUUUAAACCGGACACCUUCAAUAUUGGUUUCUGGGCAUCCUCAAAGAUGAUUCUUCUUGUACUGGCUAUCCAGCUGUAAAGGAAGUCUAGGCUUUCGUGGUUUAUCUACAAACAGGGUUUUUCUCUCUAAAGCCAUACUGGUUGAUUCUCCCAUAUCCAACUUGCUUUGGACCAGAAGUAUUCUGGGUAUCGGUAGUUUGGAAUAUUUGCAUACCAUAAUGAGAUCUUGGACAUGGGACCAAAGUCUAAACACAAAUUUCAUUAGUUUCAUCUACACCUUAUACAUGUAGUCUGAAGUCAUUGUAUAUAAUAUUAACGUACAUAAAUGAAAUGCAUUUGUCUCGUACACCUUAUACCCACAGCCUGAAGUGCAUUUUAUACAGUAGAUUUCAUUUUGUGCAUUAAACAGUUUGUGUACAUAGAACCAUCAGAACGCAAAGGUGUCACUAUCCUAUAUGGGAGAUUCAACUUUAGAUAUGGGAGAUUCAACCUGUAUUAUGGCCUAAUUCACAUUUAUACGUAAACCCGAGGGUCAGAGCGGGGGCGGGAACUGGCACCUCUUUUCAAAAUGGGGGCAUGUCGCCCCUUUUUGUAAAUGAGCCCGGGUCCAGGAAUUCUGCGUUUGUUAAGAUGCAGGCAAUCUGGACUCUUUGUCCGGAGCCCGCAGUCGGUCUGAGUUAGCUUCAGCGUACGCGGAGUGACCAGUGCAUGAAAUCGUUGCUUAUAGCGACAUGGUGGUCAGAUCUCGCAGAUGCACGCAGGAGACAUCCGCUGCGGACGCCUCCCGCUGCGUUUGAAUCUGUAUUUCAUAGCGGUUUCUCUUCAGCUGUGCAAUUCCUUACAAGUAUGAAUCAUACCCUUAAUUUCCAAGGCAGCAUGUGUGUAUACAUAAUUAGUUACCAACCCGUCAAAAUGACGGAACAACGUAACUCUAAUGUUAGCGCUGGUUGGAGUGCGUGCUUGAACGGCACACCACUUGAAUUGCGCCAUCUAGUGGCCCCCUGUGCUCAAAACACUUAAAUCAAACCCCCCCCCCCCCCCACCCAUAGAGGUGAGGCGGAGUAUAUAUUGUAUUCCGUUUUCUAGUUAGACUAUUGCAUAAUCAAUCUAAAUCUGCUCACUGAGAGCCUUGUUGUGCGUUGUCACUUCAGUUACUUAACUCGGCCAUUAGUAACUAGAAUAACUAGUCACCCUCGCAUUGACAAUUAGUCCUGUGUGUGUCUUGUCACGCUCGCUGCCAGAUUUAACUAGUGUGCACACAGGUCUGUAAUAGUUUUAUUUUUUUAAUUUUUAUAUAAGAUAAAAUAAAGCUAAUAAGUGAUGCUAGCCUGUAUCCUUUACCCAACCGUAUUCCUUAUUUAUACAGAAAGUAUAUAUUAUGCUGCUCCGUACAGAGGACAUGUAAGCGCCCAGUCCCUACACACAGUCUGGAGCCAGUUACCCCACUGAUAUGAUUUUGUACUGUGGGAGAAAACGGAAGCACCAAAAAGACAAUUUCUCAGACACUUAGGCUGAAAUUGAUGAUAUUUAGAAUAUAAUAACUAUUAUAGCGUUUAUAUUGGACCUGACAUAUGCUGGGUCACCUCUGCCUGAACCAUUUUGCCCCCUUCUCCGGCAGGUCCUCUAUCCUCUCCCAGACACGUCAAUGGGAGCCUUUGGAGGGGUUGGUGCGUCCCCCGGCUCCCAUGUUGGAGAUGGGACAGACCUUAGAAGGUUGUUCUUUGAUUUAAAUGGUAUUUCAUUUCAGAAAAAGCUGUGGGCCUCCUAUUCUGCUUAUCUGAGCGCUGUAUGGCCUUAUGGCAUGUUGGCAGUCUGUGUAGUGAUCAGACAAAACUUCAUUCAGCUUGAAGACUUGCCACUGGCAAGUGACGUAUCUGUAAUUCUGCCACAUCUGUUCUAGAGUCCCGUUUGUACCCUGGAGACCAGACGUGGCCAUUGAGUAGUUCAGAAGGAUUUAUACAUCCCUCCUCUCCUUUGUGGUUACAUCACAACUGGAGGUAGGAAAAGGCAUUUAUGUGUACAGAUCCUUGCUGGGUAUAUUUUGGCAUUUCUUGAUCCCCCACCUCCUGUCUCUCACUACAUUGGUAAGGUGGUAACAGGAUAGAAACCUGGGGGCCAGCUCCUUUCUGGUGCAUUUCCAUGCACCAUAUCCUGCCGAUUAAUAAGUGGUUAAUCGGAAGAAGAGAAAUGGGACACCUUCCCUCGGGUGCUGUCAUGUAAUUCCCCAGAGUGACUGCCAGUUCCCAAUGUCAUGUCCAGGAAUGCAGUCUAACCUGUAGCCAGUCCUGUGAGCACCUUCCACCACUGUCUCUUCCGUGUACUCGUCUCUCUGCAUUCUGCCACCUUUUUCUGUGGAACAUUGAUGGCGUGCGUGAGACGGCAGCCUGGCGGGGGAUGAUCUGCAGGAAAGGGGCUUUGCCGCACAAGCAGGGCUGCAUUUGGUGUGGGUGCAUCUGGAUACAUGCUGUUCUGUAUGAAAGUGUGGCCAUAAUGCAGACAGCUGCCCAAUUCAGGAUGGCCUGGCUUCUUUUACUCCUCACAUUUACAUGUACAAGUACUGCUGUGUUAAACUUUGGAACGGACAAAAGAAAUCCUUAUAGAUCUCUCUGGAGUAAAUUUCUCUCUCGGAGGAAGCCCAAAAAUGUGUUCUCUCGUUUUCUUAGUGUUACGUGGUGACUGGUUUUUCUCAGGAACAGGAAUUCUAGACUUUCACACCCUCUGCCGUACACCACUUCCUAGGAAAGUGCUCAUUGCUCAGAGGAAGAGGUCAGCCCCCUACUGGUAGAAUAUAGAAUGACACCAAAUGCCUGUUUCCUCUUUUCCCAAGUGCCAGAUAAGUUUAGAUGCUGCUUCUUUGACAGGUAUAUGCUUGCUAUUGUAUAAUAAAGUGUGUGUUAGUUUAACUUGA